AUUCAUGGUGUUUUUGUUGUCUCUCAAACACGCAGGCGGCGGUAUUUUGGCUCUCCUCGGGGUUUAAUCAGAAAUAUUAUUCCGAUUUUCUCGGUAGUGCGACAGGUUAAACGUGUGCGAUUCUGUACGGAAAGUGUUCUUCAUCUGCUAGUGCAUCGUUUUUGGGUGGAAUUCAGAUUUUCAAACCACGGCGAUUGAGGUUCUCUAGUUUCCGGUAACGAGCCCGGAAAGUAUUGCGGGUUCGGUUGGCGUGUGAGCUGAUAUAGCGCCAGCUUUUUAGUGUGGGCAGAGUUCGAAAAUUAAAACAAAAAAAAUCAUAUAAACGUGUUUUUGGAACUUUAACAGUAUAGUAUUGUAAGAAAGGGAAAGCUGUGGCAAUAACAGAGCGAGGAUUCCUAACUCCACACCGUUUAUUGAAGCAAACAUAAGCGAAAAAGUUUUCGACCUCGUUGAUAUUUGCGGUGCUUUCGGGUAAAAGAUACAUAUAACAUCUACAAAAUGGGCGAUGCCAUCAACUUCGGACCUGCCUGGCUGCGUAAAGUUGCUACCUUCGAUAGUAACGCUGUUAGCAGCAUUGGUGGACCACCACACAGCAACAACAACAAUACUACUAACACCGGCACUAGCAAUAAUCAAAGCAGCAGUAAUAAUAACAACAAUAGCAGCAGCUCGAGUUCUGCCGGUGGUGGUGGCGGAUCUACUGGUCUAUCAUCUGCCAAUACUGUUGCUGCUGUUGCUGCGGCCGCCGCUGCAGCUGCCGCAGCAGUAACUACGACAACCCGUUACGCACUGGCCGAGUUCCGUUAUGGGAGGGAAGAAAUGUUAGCAUUGUUUGAUGUAAAAGCGGUAAAAACUCCAGAGAUAUUGGUAAACUUCAAAAACUUGUAUGUUGAAAAGGUACAAUGUCCACUGGCGUUGACUCCUUGCACCGAUGACGAUGUUGUUCCAGAACCGGAUACAAGGCGAGUAUGGCAGUCCAGAAGCAUUUCGUUGGGUGUGCCAGGACGUGGGGCUCGUGGUGGUUCGGUAGACCGAGGAAGAGGCCGGGGUAGAGGUCUCUACCUUGGUUACCAACGGUCAACCUCUUUCUACGACGACGAGUCCAGAAGCGUGGGAAGGGGUGAAAGACCAUGGCUGGAACGUAACGGCACCGGUGGAACCCUCGGUAGUAGCAGUGGCAUAGUUAACAGCGAAACAGACUGGAAUAGUUCUACAUCUUCGCCUCGGAAGGAGUUCGGUGCCCGACCCCGACCGGCUAACACGGAAAACUGGCGCAGAUCUCGCCCGGAUGAUGAACCAAGUACAACGGAUUGGCGUAGUAGCGGUAUCAAUACAGCCAAUAGUUUGUCAUCCGGGUCAAGUUUGCGUGAUAAGUGGACCCGUUCGACUAGUUGGCGCGAAGAAGACAGCGGUACAAAUGAGGGCUCUGGAACAGGUCGAUCUAGUGGGUUGAACAAUUUGCAUUCAUCUGCAAGUAGUGAGCGGGUAAUUCCGAACUCGGGGGCUUAUAAACCACGGAUGUCCGCACUCAGCGGAUCUGGAACAGGUGAUUUAAACACAAGUGGAGGUAGCAACAGUGGUGCUCCGAUUGGCGCAUCGAGGCGGAACUGGGACACGGAAGAUCAGCUCCCCGAAUGGGCAACGGAAAACCCUUCAGAUUAUGGCGGAAGCUUUGAUGCCAGUGGAGCAUUCCACGAUUCUGAUAACGACAUUGAUGGUAGGCUAGAGGACGAAACUGGUAAGGAGAAUCAUGUAGAUCGGAAAGGAAGUUCGGAAACAAGUUCAAGAAAGAGUGCAUCUUCGAAGGAAGGUAGUGCAACAAAAGAAGACUUACCUAAUCACGUUUCGGAGAAUGAAGAACCGGAUGGUGCACCUCAGAAAGAUGUCAAAAAAGAGGAGCAACCAGUGCCGGAGCAGCGAAUUGACGUUGAAGUUAGUCAACCGAAAGAUGAUGCAAUUAGCCUUAAGGCACUGUCAUCGUCCAGAGAGUCCGUUAAUUCGCAUCCUGCUCUAGUUGAAACUCCGAAGAGUGCUCACGAGGUGGUUGUGGAGAAUGAUACUCAGAAAACGAAUCUUAACAAUCCAGUUAACAGUACUAAGCCCAGUGAAAGUCAUAAUAGUAACCCGGAGAUACAGCGUAACGACGAACCGAAAAAGUCUGCUUCUAGUUCUAGUGUGGAUCGUAUGCAGGAAGUUGCUGACGAUAUGGUUGCUCAGUUAAUUAUGGAUGAUGAAUACACUGGUGGUAACGAUAUUGAUCCGGCUCCAGUACCACGUACAAUGGACAAAUCUCCGGUAUUGGGUGCCCAAAUUCCUAUCAAUUUAUUGCUUCCUAAAGAUCCAGUUGCGAUGCAACAGUUGUUUGGAGGAAGUGGUACAGGCAGCGGGAAUCGGAACAUGCUAUUGACGGAUGUCAAUCGUUCUAUCUUGCAUGGUCUGGGUCCCCAAAUACCGCCGGUUCACCCUGGCACUGAUAUUUGGUAUUACAGGGAUCCGCAAGGUAAAGUUCAAGGACCAUUUCCCGCAUCGGAGAUGACCGAGUGGUAUCGCGCGGGUUAUUUCGAUGAUUCACUGUCGGUUCGUCGCGCAUAUGAUGAGGUUUACACAACUUUAGGGACACUUGUAGCUCUCUGUGGAGGUGCCAUUCCAUUUUUAAACUCGAUGAACAUACCACCGAUCAAAAGCAAUAGUGUUAACUCUAAACCACAGCAGCCUCCGCAACCUUCUGCUCCGAGCAGCUCAUUCCAACAACAACAGAAACCUGCCCCUACGCUUCAACAUCUUCAUCAGUCUACUCAGCCCCACGAACCGGAACUUUCAGCUCAAUUCCAAUUUACAAAAAAGUUGCAUUUGCUACGCCAACAGAGCAUUAUAAUGCAAAAAUUAGCUUCCGCCGACGGUUGGCAACUGUUAUCACAGGAGCAACAAAAUGCCAUCAUCGCUCAACAUAUGGCCCAGCUACAGUUGAGUGAUAGCAUGCUAAUAUCACCCUCGCUUCCAACGCCGGCCAGCUCCGCAAAUCCUCCAAACCCUGCAAGUAUUUUCGGUGGUGUGCCACCACAAGAAUCGCUAGUCAAUCUCAAGCAGGCGCAGCAACAACAACAGCAAGCCCAAGCACAACAACAACAGUCGCAACCGCAAUCUGGCCCCCAUCCGGUGCUAGAUCAGCUACAAAAAGCCAACAGUCUGAGCAGCGCGUUCCAGAAAAUACAACUAUCCGACUAUGGGCAGCCCCAAUCCGGACGGCCUAUGUUAGGUAAUCUAAACGUAGAUUCUACGGGUGGGCACGAACACCUUGGACAGCUGAUACAUAACAUUAGCUACAAUCAUCAACCUCCAGUACAAAACCACCCGCUUGGUACCAAUAUGCUGUUGAAGCAUAACCUAAUUGGAAACUUGACGCCGCAGCAACACCAACAGCAGCAGCAACAACAACAGCAACCCCAGCAGCCACCAGCACCGAAACAGAGUAUAGAAAAUGAUCCAAUUCAGUCAUUACUAAUGCAACUGUCUAUGCAUAAACAACAACAGCAACCUGCAGCGGUUCCCCCAGCAAAGGCACCAGUAGAGCUGAUGUCCCCAUGGCUGCAAACGCAGUCAAUGGCCCCGCAGCAACAGUCAAGCUUACGCCCAUUAAGUAGCGGAUGGGGCGAUCUACCCCCAACGAGUUCUUCCUCGUUUGGUUCGCUGAUACCUCCGCAACCUCAAUCUCAGCCCCAACAACACAUGAGUAGCAGCCAUCCCCUUGUCAAUGCAAGUAGUGUUGCAAACGAACCCCAGGCGCCAUCGGUUGUCUCACUGUUCAAGCACCAUCAGCAAGUCGAGAAGCAAAAUCAAGAAAAAUUGGCGUCUGAGACUCAACAGCCUCAACUUUUGCAGCAACAUCAACAACAGCAGCAACAACAUCAACUGCAACAUCAACAACAGUUGCAACAACAAACAAAUCAUCACCAUCAUCAGCAGCAAAUCCAGCAGCAACAGCAGCAGCAGCAGCAACAACAACAGCAGCAGCAGCAACCGCAACAUUUGCCGCCACAGCAACAAGUGAAUCAUCAUCAGAGUCAACAAUUCGAACGUACUCCGCAGAAACAAGUACUUGAAAACAUUGUUUCUCAACAACAACAACAAUACGUCUCCAAACCGGGUAAAGCGGAUGAUAAAAAAGAACAUGAACAUUUCAACCUUCAAGUUCAGCAACAACACCAGGUUCAACAACAGCAGCAACAGCCGCAACAAAUUCAGCAGCAACCAGCUCAACACUUCCAGCAAAAUGUGAAACCCGAGAAACAAAAUGUCAAACUGAUGAACAACAAAAUUGUAAACAACAUCGACAGUGAAGAACAGCCCACUGUUAAUAAGACUUCCUCGAAGAAGGGAAAUAACAAGCAGCACCCCAGUCAACAGCAGGUGCAUAAGCAACAUCAUGUAGAUGAUGAACAGGGUGAAUUUAUAAAUCUCAAAAAAGAGAUGGAGGAGAAAAAACGCCAAAAAGAGCUCAAGAAACAACAGCAGGAAGAAAUGAAGCGUAAGCAGCUCGAGGAAAAGAAGAAACAAGAGGAAUUGGAAGCUCAGAAAAAGGCAAAACUACUGGAAGUCCAACGCAGGGAAGCGAUCAAGAUUCAGGAACAACAACACCAAACGCCUAGACCGGUCACCAAAGUUGCGCCAUGGUCCGCUAGCGCUGUCGAAACUGUCAAUAGUGGUCCCAGCCUAGCUGAGAUUCAAAAGGCGGAGCGAGAGCGACGUGCUGCCCUAGCCCGCCAGGAACAGUCUCUUCGGGAGCAACAACAACAGCAGGAGAUGAUCGAACUUCAAUCUCAGCUCGACAGCAAACUUAAGUGGAACGCUCAGAACAUUAUGCCGCAAAACAUCAAAUCUUUGGCGGAGAUUCAAGCUGAAGAAGCUGCUGCUGCUGAACGUGCUCGCGAGAAAAAUGCCGCUGCCAUAACUGCAGCUGCAAUUGCAGCUUCCUCUUCGAAACAAGCGAAGAAAGAUGAUUUGCUCGGAACGGCUGUUUGGCAGAGUCAUGGUAGCGUUCUAACCUGGAACACCACCAAGCUUUGGGGAAAUUCAGGAGAGGAACAGAAUAUAAUUAGUUCCAGUGGUUUCUGGGAAGAACCAAAUCCUUCAGCUAAGAACGGCCGCCAAAAGCAAAAUCAUCAGCAGUCGGCUCAUCACCAGCAGCAGCAGCAGGCAAUGAACCAGAAGCAAAUGUUGAGCAAGAGCAAAACCAUGGGCAGUAUCUCGACGGUCUCCUCUUCGAAUGCGGUAGCAGCUGCAAAGCAGCAGCAGCAAAAGAAUCAACAGCAACAACAAGGCAAGCAUACUGUUGCCAACAAGGGACCGAAUACUGGCAAGAAUUCGGCUGGCCCAUCCAACGCUGGAAGCGAACGAAAGGAACGUCCCCCGGCACCGGAUCAGACCAGCGAGUUUACAGGCUGGUGCACCCGGGCGCUAACUUCGCUUAACAGUAAUGUUGAUAUUCCAAUUUUCGUUGGUUUUCUCCAAGAUAUUGAGUCACCGUUUGAGGUGAAGGAUUACAUUCGACUGUAUCUUGGUGAAACCAAAGAAUGCUCUGAAUUCGCUAGGCAGUUUCUGGAGAGACGCUCUAAAUACAAAAACCUGAUGCGCCAGAAGAAUGCUCACAUUGACGACAUGUGUAAACCGGCCCCGGCCAUUAACCCUUCUUCCAAUGAUUUCCAGGAAAUCAAGUUUAUUUCCCACAGGGCAAGGGCAAAAAAGUAAAGAAGAACAAAAUGACCAAACUGGAUAAUCGAAUUCUGGGUUUCUCGGUGACUGCAGCUCCGGACCGCUUGAACGUGGGUGAUCGUGAUUAUGGUGAUAACGCCUAAGGAGCGUAAUAAGUUUACAUCCUUCACAUUUCACUACCAAAACAGUAGAGGAAAAAAACACACAUUUACGAAACAGCGCCACAAGAAAAGUGAGGCUUUUUGUUGCUUUUUGUUCGGUUUAUAGCAAUAGAAAAAAAAUGUGCAAAAACUCGGUUACUCUAAAAUGAUAAAAUUCAGGCUUUGGAAUCGCGUAAGCAAACAAACGUCAUAAACAUAGAUCCGUGUACUCACAUAUAAAACAAACAUUAAGCUUAAUGAAAACCAAUAAGAUAGGUAGUCAUCGAUUGAACAUUAGUCAACAAUGAGCUGAUUUCGAUGUGCAGAGAUUUUAAAGUAGUUUUUUUUUUUUCGCAUACUAUCCAUCAUGUGUUUUUGUGUUAGUUUUGGCUCAGUAAUCAAACAAGUUUUUUGACUUACUUUCCAUCGUUGCUGCAGGAUGCAUCCUGGAGAAUUGAUGUGCUUACUUUGCACAACCUAAAGGAGUAUGGCCAUUUGGUUUGAAGAACGAAUGUCGAUUUGAUUCUGAGCUGGUUUUCAGAUCGCGACAUUUGCUGUAAAUGCCGAGAAAAAAACCUAUCGAAGAACAACCCUGUGUACGAUACACUUACAUUUGUGAAUAUUAUUUAUCAAUUGAAGAAUGUGAAAAGUAGUUUUAUUUUAUAUUUGAAUUUUAUUUGAACAGCAUUCUCAUAUGUAUCAUACGCAAACGGAAACAAAGCGUCUCUUUGUUGGGUUAUUAUUGUUCACUCUACUCGCGUACAUACUUUUUUCAUAACUAUCCUAUCUAGUAACGGUUCAUUUUUAAAAGUUCGAUUCUGAACGAACAUGCUCGAAACCAUUAGCUAUUUUCAUACGGUACAUCAUUUGAGUCAAUUAUAUGUUAUAAACGACUUUUUUUUCAAUGAUAAUAACCUUUCUAUUGUCCGAGCGCUGAACUUCAACCAACACUAUGGCAAACCGUGACAUCUGAUAUGUUAUUUGAGUCUAUUUCGGACCCAAAACUCACCCAACGAAUUUCAAUUUGGUUCAAUUUUUUUUUUAAACAGAUAGACAUUAAAAUAAAAUACCUAACCAACCCACAGCAAUUAAUAGACAAACGUAGAAUGAUAAAAACACGAGAUACAUUUAAAAAAUAGCAUACGUUCGCGAUGACGCCUCACAAAUAUGGUAGUGUUUUAGAAAUCGAAACAAUCAGCAAACAAAACCUAAAUGUGUGUUUUUUUUAAUCGUCAGCUGCCACCAGUAGAGACAGGCAUAUAUCUCAACCCAGUUUUAAGUUGAAGGAAAAACAACAAUAAAAAAUCAACAACUGUUAUUGCAACUAUUA